CAUUAUUUACCGUCGUCGGAGGGUUGUAAGACAAGCUGUGUCUCCCGCGUCGUCAACAUCAACUGUGUUUGAAGGAAGCUUAUGUUUACCUUUGUUAGCUGAACGUUUUAAAGCAGUUGCUUCAUCUCAUAAGCGAAGUAUAUUCAUCCAGUUGACGUGGAUAUAUGGACAUUUAAUUUCAAAGGUGAGACACGAUUUGUGAAGUCUGUGCAGGAGGUACGCUUAUGAGUAUCCUGCCCGGAGCUUCAUUGAGCAGUGUGACUGAUACAGUUAGAUAAUAUUCUCCUGUUGGCAUCACAUAAAGAAGAUACAGAUUGAAAGAUAGAGAAGAUGAGCUACAACUUUAGAGACCUUGCAAGCACGGAGGAGAUUGUACCAUCAGGACAGAAAGUGUUGAACAUUACUCUGGAAUCGGAGAUGCUAUCAAGCAGAUUUAGAAUUAAUAUUACUGACGAUGUUCAAGCGGUUAUAAAUAGGAAUCUAUCUGAAGCGGAGACCCCGCCAUGCACUCCCUUGACCCCAUUAAGCGCUUCUGGGAGUGAGGGGGACGUUUUCACAUUCUCCCCGCUUUCUGAAUCGGACGACCAGUGGUCAGGAUGCACCCCACACAAGACGAAGUUGCUUGACCACAAGUGUCCGAGAGCUCCCCGGAAACGACAAUCAACUUCAGACGCCGACAUCAGCAUCGAUGAACGACGACGUCGACGGCAGGCGGCCAACGCUCGUGAGAGGAGGAGGAUGGAGGGUUUGAAUGUAGCAUUCGAUCGUCUUCGUGCAGUUAUUCCCGCCAGCAGUGACGACAGCCAACUGUCCAAAUACGACACCCUCCAGAUGGCACAGACGUACAUUCAGACUCUCUCAGAUCUGCUGACCAAGGUUGAUAACUGAACACUGCACCUACAGUGUAAGGUCAUACACCCAAAACAAACUUUAAACCGACAGGUGCUCAUAUUGUGAAUUUUACUUUUUACUUUCAAAGUAUGAAAGAGUUUGAGGAACUGUAGACUUCUGAUGGUGCGUGAAAUAGAGACUUGCGAGCUUUUUUAACCUCUGGUGACUAUUCACAGACGCUUUGAUAGAGGGACAAAACUAUUUAAACUCUCUUUCAGACAGAUGAUCCAGCAUUAAAGGAAGAUGAUAUAACACGCUACGGUAGGCCAUGCUUUGUGUUUGUCUUCAACGACGGAUGGAGGUGCAGCGAGGUGACACAAACAUCUGUCCUCAUACUCAUCUUUUUCUGAAGAAGAGCGUGCCGGAAAUGACAAGUAGGUAAGAAGUGGCGCGUGCUUGCUGGAGAAAGCUGCUCGUGGCAAAGUGAUGGACGUACGCGAGAACACGGCGUUAUGCAUGACUGCAGUCUCAUCUAGAACCUCUUACACGACAAAGAUGCAUUGCAACGCUUACAACUGCUCUUUCUGUGUUGGAUAUGAAUGGAGUACCAGACCUUUAUGAGAGAAGAAACGACAUGUCCACUGAAAUGGAAUUGAAUUGCAUCAUUGACUUGAAAUCAUAGCCAAUUUACCAUCCUAGAGGCGAUAAGGUCGAAGGCUGCAGUGAUUUUAUGAAUGUCAGACUUGGAAGUUGAAACUCGUUGACCCUUCUUUGUGGUUUUGACACGACAAUUACACUUAUAUUUCUAUGUUCAUAUGUUCUUAUCAAAUCUAGCCAUCUCAACCCACCAGGGAUAUGUUUUGAUAACAUAUUGUCACGCUGUGACAGGUUGUACCUGUUAAUUCAACGUGACAACGAUGAUCCGCUGUGGUCCUAUCUUCAACCCUCCUCUACAGUACCCUGAAAAGCAAACCGACGGGGAAACAGAUUCUGCUCGCAUCUUAAGCGCACUUACAAUUGUAAUUGUGAUUUGAAGUGACAACUGUUAACCCCAAACCUACACCGAAACAGCUAUAAUGGUGUCUGAUUGGUUCGUCACGGAUGUCCUGUGUGACAACGAGUGUCAAUCAGGCGCGUGACAGGCUGUCGGUCACGUGAUGUCACGUGGCACAAACUAUGAACACUGUCGGAUGCAAAGCAUACAGGCGUGACUUGAUACGUUUUUUAUGUCGAAGUAGGGGUAAAUAGCUGUUAAUUUAUAAUUCGUUAUGCAAAAGGGAAACCCACUGAACGUGUGACAAAUACAUGUAAGAAUACUUCAACUGAAUGUUAUGACUGUCUUAUGUAUCACCGGCCAAUGGUUUUUCAUAGCUGAGUUUAUAUCUUAUGUCUCAAUAACAUAUUUUGUAAGAACAAUGAUGACACUGCCAGAUUAUUGAAAGUCUUGUAUGGACUCACUAUCCAUAUUGCUCAAUAUUAUAUUUUUGCUGAUGAUUUUA